GCUGCCGGCUCGCUGUCUGCGCGCGGAGGCCUGCCUGUUGGAGCUCCUCAGCUUCGGCGUUCCCGUCGCACAGGUGUGUCAAGAUGAUGUUGGGCUGGGUCCAGAAGGUACUGCCUCAGCCCCCAGGAACUCCCCAGAAAACCAAGUUGGAGGAAGAGGAAAUAACAGAACCACAGCCAGAGCCGCAGGGAGAGCUGCAGCCAGAGCUGGACUUACAGCCAGAACCACAGUCACAGCCUGAGCCUGAAGCAGCUCCUAAGGAGGCAGUACCAGAGGAUGAGGCCCUGCCUCAUGAAGAGCCAGCUGAUGUGGAGGGAGUGGCUGAGGCAGACCCAGGCUUCCAGGAGACCCAGGAAGCUGUUCCUUCUCUACCCACAGCUCUCCAGACACAGGUCGCUGUGACUCCUGGAGAGAACAGUCCCAGCAGCUGGGUGCUAGCCUGGCUCUGGAAGGGCAUGGAGAAGGUGGUGCCACAGCCGGUCUGCAGUAGCAGGGCAGCCGCUGCCGGAGCAGAGGACACAGCUCAGGAUGGAGAACACAUCAAGGGGCCCUGCGAUGCUGGAGACACAGAUGGGGCCCUUGGGGAUCAGGAUUCUGGACCCGGUCCAUGGCUGAUCAGGUGGCUGGAGCAGAAUCUGGAGAAGGUGCUGCCUCAGCCCCCGAAACCCACGGAGGCCUGGAAAGCUGAGCCUGUGGAUGCUGUCUUGGCCCCAGAGCUCCCAGAACCAUCGCUGGAGAUGGAGCUCACAGAGAGCCCCGCCCUGCCCAACCCGGGUCCCCUGGAGCCCGAGGAGGAGCUGUGUCCAGAACCCCAGCCUGGCUUUCAGGCAUCCUCCCUGCCUCCACCCGGAGACCCUGCUAAGCUGAUGGCGUGGCUCCUACGCAGGCUGGAGAUGGCCCUUCCACAGCCUGUGCUCCAUGAGAAGGCUGGGGAGCAGCAGCCUGGCUCCUUAGAGACGUGUGAUGUGCAGACCAUCAGCAUCCUCCCCAUGGAGCAAGUAGAGCCUGACCUAGUCCUGGAAGAGGUUGAUCCACACUGGGAGGACCCGCAGCAGCACAGCAGCCCCAGCCCUGUUCUAGCUUUUGAAGAGGAGAUGGAAGUUAUAGUGGAGAUGCCCAGGGAGCUGCCCCGGAUUCAGGAGGAGAAGGAAGAGGAAGAGGAAGCAGAGGAGGAGGAAGAGGAGGAGGAAGAGGAGUUGAUGGAGCCUGUUGUCCUGCUGGAUAGCUGCUUGCUGGUACAGGCGAGUGUGGACCAGAGUGGAGUAGACGGGACAGAGCUUCAGACAGCAUCACUGCAGGAGCUGCAGGAGGAGUCUCAGGCCAACAGCUCGGCAGGCCGAGAUAUGCAGCUGAACCGUCUAGUGCAGGACCAACCUCCUGGCCAGGUGGCCCCCAGGCCUGCCCCCCCAAAUCUGGCAGAGCAUCUCCCCAAUGUGCCCAGCUACCGCCCCCCAAUCACGCGUAUCCCUGUCCUCGUCUCCCGGAGAACGGCCUUGUCCAGCUCCAGCUUCGCCAAGGAGAACAGGAGCUCCAUCCGGCGCCUCGUGCCGGCCACAAAUGAGCACCCAGAGGUGCAGGUGGAAGACACUGAUGCUGACAACCACCCCCUCAUCGCUGAGGAGAAGCCCCCCUCCCCUGAACAGUUGCCACCUUCGCCUGCCAAGUCCGACACCCUUGCUGUCCCUGGAUUGGCUGCGAGCACUCACAGGAAGAAGCUGCCUUCUCCGGAUGAUGAGGCCGAAGAGCUCAAAGCACUGUCACCAGUUGAGUCCCCGGUGGUCGCCUGGUCGGACCCCACCACCCCACAGGAGGCAGAUGGACAGGACCGCGCAGCCUCCUCGGCCAGCCAGAACAGUGCCAUCAUCAACGACCGGCUGCAGGAGCUGGUGAAGCUCUUCAAGGAGCGGACGGAGAAGGUGAAGGAGAAGCUCAUCGAUCCCGAUGUCACCUCGGAUGAGGACAGCCCCAAGCCCUCUCCAGCCAAGAAAGCCCCCGAGCCAACUGCCGUGGCAAAGCCCACUGAGCCGGAACAGCCUGAGGAAGAGGAGCAUUACUGUGACAUGCUGUGCUGCAAGUUCAAGCGCAGGCCCUGGAAGAAGUACCAGUUCCCUGAGAGCAUCGACCCGCUGACCAACCUGAUGUACAUCCUGUGGCUGUUCUUCGUGGUGCUGGCCUGGAACUGGAACUGCUGGCUGAUCCCCGUGCGCUGGGCCUUCCCCUACCAGACGCCGGACAACAUCCACCUGUGGCUGCUGAUGGACUACCUGUGUGACCUCAUCUACUUCCUGGACAUCACCGUCUUCCAGAUGCGCCUGCAGUUUGUCAGAGGCGGGGACAUCAUUAUGGACAAGAAGGAGAUGCGGAAUAACUACCGGAAGUCUCGCCGGUUUAGGAUGGAUCUGUUGUCCCUGCUGCCCUUGGAUUUUCUGUACUUGAAGUUUGGCGUGAACCCCCUCCUUCGCCUGCCUCGCUGUUUGAAGUACAUGGCCUUCUUUGAGUUUAACAACCGUCUGGAAGCCAUCCUCAGCAAAGCCUAUGUUUACAGGGUCAUCAGAACCACCGCCUACUUGCUGUACAGCUUGCACCUGAACUCCUGUCUUUACUACUGGGCAUCAGCCUACCAGGGCAUUGGCUCCACUCACUGGGUGUACGAUGGUGUGGGAAACAGUUACAUUCGCUGCUACUACUGGGCCGUGAAGACUCUCAUCACCAUCGGGGGGUUGCCUGAUCCCCAGACGCUCUUUGAAAUUGUCUUCCAGCUGCUGAACUAUUUCACUGGUGUCUUUGCUUUCUCUGUGAUGAUUGGACAGAUGAGAGAUGUGGUAGGUGCUGCCACCGCUGGCCAGACCUAUUAUCGCAGCUGCAUGGACAGCACCGUGAAGUACAUGAACUUCUACAAGAUCCCCAGGUCCGUGCAGAACCGUGUCAAGACCUGGUACGAAUACACCUGGCACUCCCAAGGCAUGCUGGAUGAGUCGGAGCUGAUGGUGCAGCUUCCAGACAAGAUGCGGCUGGACCUGGCCAUCGACGUGAACUAUGACAUCGUCAGCAAAGUGGCACUCUUUCAGGGCUGUGACCGGCAGAUGAUCUUCGACAUGCUCAAGAGACUUCGCUCGGUGGUCUACCUGCCCAAUGACUACGUGUGCAAGAAGGGGGAGAUUGGCCGUGAAAUGUACAUCAUCCAGGCUGGGCAGGUGCAGGUGCUGGGCGGCCCGGACGGGAAGGCUGUGCUGGUGACGCUCAAAGCCGGAUCUGUGUUUGGAGAGAUAAGCUUGCUGGCGGUGGGAGGAGGGAACCGGCGCACAGCCAAUGUCGUGGCUCACGGCUUCACCAACCUCUUCAUUCUGGACAAGAAGGACUUGAAUGAAAUUUUAGUGCAUUAUCCUGAAUCUCAGAAGUUACUCCGGAAGAAGGCCAGGCGUAUGCUGAGGAGUAACAACAAGCCCAAAGAACAGAAGAGUGUACUCAUCCUCCCCCCACGUGCGGGCACCCCUAAACUCUUCAAUGCGGCUCUGGCUGCAGCAGGAAAGAUGGGGGCCAAGGGAGCCAAAGGCGGUGGCAAGCUCGCCCACCUCCGGGCCCGGCUCAAGGAGCUGGCGGCGCUGGAGGCAGCAGCAAGACAGCAGCAGUUGCUGGAACAGGCCAAGAGCGCGCAAGAAGCCGCUGGAGAGGGAGAGGCAGGCUCGGCCCCUGCAGAUCAGCCGGCUCCCCCAGAACCCCAGGAAGAGCCCACAACCAUUCAGCCUCCACCCCCACCAGCAUCCAAGCCUGAAGGAGGCAGCGAGGAAGAGGCAGAGGCGGCCAGGCCCUCGCAGCUGUCUGUGGAGGUGACGGAAGAGAAGAAGGAGGAGGAGGCAGAACAUCCUUGGGCCUUGACUCUAUCCUGUACCCCUGCAGCUGAGUAUGUCCUCAGCAAACCUCCACGCUCUCUAGGACUCCAAGCCCCUCCGAUCAUCACCCCCUUCAAGUCUGUCUGGUCAGGGACCACGGACCUGCCUGUGCCCGGGAGCCCUCAUCUGCAAGCUGGAGAGAAUGACAAGAACACUGAAUUAGUGACGGGCAUCAACACGCCCAGCCCAGGAGAUGAAGAUGAAGCCCUGGUCUAG